GUGGCGCCUCUGUGCGUUCCGCCGAGGUACUUGUCCACCACCCAGCCCUGUCGGGUAGGGAGAGAUGAUAGGCUUGUAGUAGUAGUACUGCAGAGGACUGUUCUCCCUCCCUCGGCUGCCUGUCUCGGCACCCCGCAACGCCCGUGUUUGAGGCCGCUGUUCUGUUCUGGCCAGCCCAGCCCCUGGCCAUCUGAUAAUCGCGACGGCAUUCCAUCUUCCCCUUGAAUGGAGCAGGGACCCAGCUCGGCGACCGGGGGGAGUUUCCUUUCCCUCAACGAGAACGAACAAAGAUGUUACUCAGGAUUGUAUACUCUGUGCCAAGCUGACAGCUCGGGCAAACUAGCGUCGAGCAAAGUGGGAGAGCUCUUCAGGGCAUCCCAGUUACCAGGCGAAACGCUGCAUCAAAUCACAGAGGUGUGUGGCGCUAAGCAGCUCGGCUACUUUGGCACGGGCCAGUUCUACGUGGCCCUGAAGCUCUUGGCAGCCGCCCAAGUCGGUCUCCCCGUCUGCCUGGAGAGCAUCUCCAGGGACCUGCCCCUGCCCAAGUUCUCUGGGGUGAAGAGCGAGGUGGAUAUGCGCUACGCCAACCACACGCAGAGCAGUGACAGCAGCCUCAGCCUCAGCCACCAGCAUCACCCGUUCAGCACUGCGCCCCCUAUGCCAGGGACGGUAGUAGUGUACGGCACAGGGACACUGGGACGCAUCGUAGCAGGCACAAGAACACUCGGGCGCUCCACUGCCGACAGAACUGCCUUCAGACCGCCAGACUGCAGCAUGGACAAGCAGGAGCCGUGGUCUCCUCCUCGCACCCCUGGCGCCUCCCCUCCUCAAUCUCCCUCCAACUACUGUCGCUACGGUUACGCCGGCCAGAGAAACGGCACAGAGUCGCUAGGAUACGAGGGCACGGGUGCACUCAGGACCAGGUCGGCUGUCCUCCAGGAGAACUCCUCCCCCGCCCACUACGGCCUGAAGCCCGGCCCAGAACACGCCUCCAUCACGCGGGCCCAGUCUAACGAGAGGCUGGCAGACCACGCGGCGGCGGCGGCAGACGAGUACGAGUACGACUACGACGACGACCCCUGGAGGAUCACGGCGGAACAGCGGGACUACUACACCAACCAGUUCCGCAGCCUGCAGCCCGACCUGGGGGGCCUCAUCCUGGGAACUGUGGCGAAGAACUUCUUCACAAAGUCGAAGCUCCCAAUACCCGAACUUUCCCAUAUAUGGGAGCUGAGUGACGUGGACCGGGAUGGAGCGCUCACGUUCCUGGAGUUCUGCACAGCGUUCCAUCUCAUCGUGGCUCGGAAGAACGGCUAUGCGCUUCCCGAGAGGCUCCCCGCGUCCCUGAGGCCUGGCCACAUGUCACUUGUGGAGGGACUGGUGGAACCCGCGGUGGAAGAGAUGACGCAGCCUCUGAUUGUGUUUGAAGACACCACUCCCCAAGCUGUCCAGCAGGAGAAGAGCAAGGCUGAGAUACAGCAGCAGGUGGUGGCCCCCCUGCCUGGCCCAACCACAUCAAAGCAGGAGCCCAGGGAGGAAGCCCGGAAACCAGAUCCCCCCACUGAGUUGGAUCCAAGCAUGAAGUCACGAACACGGCCGAGGUCGUACUCCAGCACGUCCAUAGACGAUGCCAUGAAGAAGGCAGAGGAGCCCCCCACGCCUCCCCCGCGGCCCCAGAAGAGCCACUCACGCGCCUCCUCGCUCGACCUCAACAAACUCUUCCAGCAGGGCAGCCAGGGUGUCAAAAGCGGCUGGCUGCCCCCUCCACCAGCUCUUCCCCCAAGACCCCCAGCCACACAGAUCCCUCACUUCCUGCCCGCCACAGACAAGACUACCCAGAAGGCCGUUCAGCAGCCUAACUUUGCAGACUUCAGCAAGUUCAGGGAAGAGGAGGAGGCUACAGUGCAUCCUGAGGAUCAGAGUCCGCUCCACAGGGCAGCAGGGGCCAGCACAGAGGACCUGGGAACACCCAAAUCGGAUUCCUCAGCUGCAGGCCAGGCGAUGGCCCCUCCAAAGCCGGCGCGCAGCAGGAGGUACCGUCCGGACAGCCAGAACCUGGACGACUCGCUCCCCAUAGGCCCCCACUACUACUCCGCAUCCACGCUGCCCGUAGGGGGAUCCAUGUCCUCCACCACAUCCUCCACCACAGCAGCCAACGCCUCCACCCUGCCCAGGACUGCACAGAAGUCAGCGCGUCAGAAGCGAGAGAUCCAGACGGCCAUCAGGAAGAACAGGGAGACCAACGCCGUCCUCACACGACUCAACAGCGAACUGCAGCAGCAACUCAAGGUGGUUCAUCAAGAGCGGGUGACCCUGGAGUCUCAGCUGGACGUACUGCGCCCCAUGACCUCCACGUGACCUCUACAUGACCCCUGCGUUGCCAUGGCAUGUCGGCACAGACGGGUGCCAUUUUGAAGCAUAGCCCCCCCUCCCCCCAUACAUAGCCCAGAAAACAUGUACACUCCCCACAGCACAGCACAACAACAACACAGAACGCCUGCUGACAACAGGAUGCCCAGAAACGUUCAAAGAAGUUUGCUUCAACACAGUCUAAAUAAACAAGGCGUUUUCUCUGAUGUCUCUCGCUAACUCAAGGACUUUGAUUGACUGACAAGACUGGCAGGCAUUUUAAUCUCAGAGGCUUCUCUGGCUCUAAAAUAGCGUAUGAUGAUGAUGAUGAUGAAGGAGGAGGAGGAAUGGGACUCUGCUAGUCUGUAAUCACCAGUUGUCAAAAGUGGCAUUCCAUGGUGUCUGGAAAUCGAGCGACAAAAAAGUUCUGGAGCAAACCAAGGCAACUGGUGAGAGGAGAUGGGGGCAAAAAAAACAAAAAAUGAAGGACGAAAUUAGUAGCUGAAGGUACAAUGUUGUAUUCCGACCAGCUCUACCCAGUGUUGUUUUAUGGGCCCUGUAUUGUUUUUUGUAUGGGUUGUCUCAAUUGAAAGAUUGUGACCAUGAAUUGUUACAUAUACUGUAUGAUCGUGAAGGGCUCUUCUACAAGGCCCUUUCUCUCUGAACUAUGUAAUGAAUGUUGUUGACGUGUUGUUAAGACUUUCCUUCUUCUGUCAAAGAUUUUGAAUUUCUCGUGCGGAUGAUUAUGAAUGAUUUUGCUCCUGAAAUCAAGUCAGUGCCGUCCAUGUCAACACAGUCUCAUCCCAACUUGUCAAUUUCUGACUACGGUUGACCAUACUGCAAUUUUUGACGUUGAUGACAUACCUGCCACGUUGCAUGUUGACUUUGUGGCCUAAACCUAAACUUUCCCUAACCCUAACCGUCAGUGAAGUUAAGGUGAUGCCUUUGUUGUGCACAUCACAUUUUGACUCCAAGGGCAUACCUUAGACGUCAAACAUUGCAGUCUGGCCAAAGGUAGUCAGAAGUUGACGAGUUGGAAUGAUACACUGUUGCACAUGUUGGUGUCUGAUAACGAAGCGUAAGAGCACAAGGUGGUAUUCCAGAAAGCAGGGUCAGUCACUUAUGUUAACCCCGAGUAAGAUGUAACUGUUGUAAUGAAAGAUGCUGGUGGCUUUGUUUUGGUGGAAGUACAAACCUGCAAGCCUCUUAUAUAAUGUAAGCUGACUCUGGGUUUACUUAGCUGGUAGGGAUAGUAGUAUAAACCACCUUCUUUUGGAAUAUGCCCCCUUAAGUCUCCAGCACCAUGCUCUGGCAUUGGUGUUGGGUAAAUGGACUAACCUGCUCUGGCAGGUAACGCUAGUGCCUCUGGCCUGUCUCUAACUGCUGCUAAGAUCAAUACACUUCAGUGGUCCACGUUUGAAUGCUGCAGUUCAAGUCAAGAAACCUGUGUGUGUGUGUGUGUGUGUGUGUGUGUGUGUGUGUGUGUGUGUGUGUGUGUGUGUGUGUGUGUGUGUGUGUGUGUGUGUGUGUGUGUGUGUGUGUGUGUGUGUGUGUGUGUGUGUGUGUGUGCACACCAGGGCUUGACAUUGGCACCUGCCAACUAGACAAAGGAUGGUAUAACAUGGCUGUGGCUAGUAAUGAUUUCAGUGUCACUAGCCACUUUAGGAGGUAGUUUACUCUGGGUCAUGAUGACACACAAUUAUGUUGCUAUUAUGUUGUUUGUGCAUUAUACACUUGGUUUGUCUGAUUUACUUUUACAGCACAAAGUAUGGAUAGCUUAGGCUAUCAUAGCGGAAGAAAGAUAACUAUGACUGAACGUGUGGCUAAUAGAAAAGUUGAAUGGCCAUUGACACUGUAAAGCCACUAGCCACGUUGACCUGUGAGCAAAAAAAAGAUAAUAUCAAGCCCUGGUGCGCACAUGUGUACAUACACGCAAAUUUGUUUUAGGAUGUGUGUAUGUCAUAUGAAUGCACAAAAAAUGACAAUGGUGCUAACCAGGCAUCCCUGUGUGUGUGUGGUGUGUGUGUGUGUGCGUGCGUGCGUGUGUGUGCAUAUGUGUGUGUGUGUGCACAGGUGUGUGCACAGGUGUGUGCAUGUGUGUGUGUGUCAGUCUGUGCAUAGAAGUCCUAACUUGUAGCAGAAAAUAAAUAUUUUUGGACAAAAAAAUACAUACAGGGAGUAUGUUUUGUGGCAAGGGGUUACAAAUGUUGGGUGUAUGUGUAAUGUGUAAUGCUGCAUUUCCUGAAUAGAUUGUAUAUAGACAUUUGUGCAUUACUCCUGAAUUAAAUUUGCACAAUGAAAAUAACUUCUGAAUGAAAAUGACUAGACAAUGAAUGAUUCGAUGUGCUGAAUGCAACAGGAGUGUCUGUCUUGCUUUUCUUUCCGUACAGUUUUUACUUCCAAAUAUUGUUCCAGCAAUCUUCAUGUUGUUUAUUUAUUUUAGACGUGCUGUUAUUGGUUGUUGUUGGUAUUCUUGUUGUACAGCAUUUUGUUCCAUGAAAAAGAGACAAUUGCAAUUAUGGUGACGAUGGAUGGUCUUGAUUGAAUGAAUUGAUUUAAAAUGAACAAAAUCGGUGAGAACAUAGAAUCACACCCAUUAGAAAGAAGAUGAAUAAGUAUGUAAGAGAUGUAUUUUUUUUCUUUCUGUAAUCAUUUGCCUGUAUGUUUCAUGUUUUUCUAUGCAGAAAAUGAUGGUAUGGGCCAAGCUUGCAUUUUGGCCCUAUUUUUUGAUACAUACGGUAUUUGCGUGUACAUACGUACCUGAAUGGAACCAUGUCUCCAUUAUGUGGUUCAAUAAAAUAGUUUGU